AUCACUGUGGGACAAUUAUUUUUUAUUUAGGACACUCACACAACUCCGUAUAAAUCGCCUUCCGGAAACAUUUAAAAAUUUAACACAAUAUGACAUUAUAAUGUAGAAAUUGAAAAUGGAUAAGAUAAAAGCUCUUGGCCUUGCUAUUUGUGCGGCAGACGCGCUCCGGACUGUUUUGUCCCCAUUCGCGUUCCGUUGUUAGCCGGCGGAAAGUAAAAUGGCGUCAGCUGAAUCCCAGGCUCGGUUCGGUCAGUCCGUUAAAGGAUUAUUAUCCGAUAAAGUGGGUUCCUGCAGCGCAGACGUGAUAGCACUGACGCGGCAGGUGCUCAAAAUAUCCCGCAGCCAAGAGCUUCUAGGCCAAGCAGCCAGAAAUAUGGUCAUUCAAGAGGAUGCCAUCUUGCAUUCAGAAGAUAGCCUGAGAAAAAUGUCCAUAAUAACGACACAUUUACAAUACCAACAAGAGGCCAUCCAGAAGAAUGUGGAGCAUUCGAAAAACCUGCAGGAUCAGCUGAGACAUCUUCUCAAGUGACCACCCAACAAGUUUCUCUACCUACGCCACGGCUUUGGCCAUCGAUUGUAGCCAGGAGGCGAGGGGAUUGUUUGUUUUCGUGUGCAUAGUCGUAUAAAAAUACAAUGACUGAAAAAGCAGCAUGUAUAUAUGUGUAUAUUUUUUUUUUAGGGCUGUCAAAGUUAACGCAUUAAUGAUGCAUUAACAGAAGUGUCUUUUAACAGCGGCCAUUUUUUGGACACGCGAUUAAUGUGCGCUCCUCCUGUUGGACCCUCGGCCCACACGGGGUGAACACCUCUGUCUUUCACCCAAAGACGUGACAAGGAGCAUUUGGUUUAUUGAUAAUAUGGGACUUUUUGCUGUUAGCUGCUGGGGGGACAACUCAUUGUAAUGAGCGGCAAUGAUGAAAAACAUACUUUGGUUGUAAACUUUCCAAUAUCUACUCCAGUUUUCUGAUGUGGUUCUAGAAGUGUAAUGUGUAAUUAAUGCCAGUAUUUAUUGUCACUUAUAACAUUGUGGUAUAAUGUGGUGGGAGUAUAAAAGAACAGAGAAAGGGAGUAAAAAAAAUAUUCCAGAGCUUCCUUCUGGUUUUUUGUCUUUAUCACAUGGGCGUGGUUUGAUAGAAAUGUAAGAAAAUAGUCUGCAUUCUGAUGUUAUCAAAAGUCUUAAUUUGAGUAUAUUUCCUAAAACAAGAUGAGUCAUCAUUUAUAAAUAACAGCAGUAAGAUGUUAAAUGAAGUGUUUUCAUAUAAAUAAUUGAGUCAUAUGACAUACAACUCAAAACAAGAAGUUUUCAAGUCCCUCUGACUUAACAUUUUCAAGCUCUAUUAUCGAUGAAAGGUUCUUAAUGUCUCACUGAAAAUGACUUUUUAGGUGAUUUUGUCUUAUAGCAAAGGGGAUCAUUAUGCUCAUUUUCAGCCCUUUGUAUAGAGUUGUGGACUCCUAUAGAGCAGCUACGCACAAUAACUUGCACAGAAAGUUUUCUAGAGCUACCAGAAGGUCUAUGCUGGUCCACCAGCAUAAUUUCCAUACUGGUCUCUGCUGUUUUUUCAUCAAAGAAGUUACCUUGAAAAUGCAUAAUAGACACAGGCUUUCCAGAUAGAUUAUAUAUGUGAUAGAUUGCUUUGAACAAAAAUAGGAAGCCCCGCUUUCGCUGGGCAUCAAAAAAUUGAAUAAAACUCUUGCUGUUCCUCCCCACGGAAAUCUUUAGUAAAAGGCGAAAGAUUUAUACGAUCUGAAGAGAAACAAGAGUGUACUGUGGAAAUGCCGGUGCCGUGGUCACCCCAUUCUGACACCUACAAGUGUUAGUGACGGUGCAGACAAAAACUAUGUCACUUGAUUUAAGAAGCAGCACACAAUGCAGGCGUUGAGUGAGCUGACUUGUUAAACAGCGCCCUCUGUUGGAUCUACAAUGCAGCACACGACACCAUUUCGUUUUGAAUAGUAAAAUAGUUAGUUUCCUGUUAUUAGUCAUCUUUCACUGUAUUGUAAAUAAACAUUGUACCCCCUCAUAUUUGCAAUGUCAUUUA